AUGACAAAAUUACUCAUAAUCGCUAGCCUGUGCUGCCUCGUUGGUGCGGGUGUUGCUACUUUCCAGCGUCAAUCGAUCCUGAUACAAGGCAACUUUGUGCCUCGCAACUCAUCGGCUGACAGGGGACGGUGUCAAGGUCAACCUGAUGGAACACUUUUCCCGUCAGUCAACUGCUCGAACUUUAUCAAUUGCGAGGGAGGUCAGGAACAAGAAGUUGCAUGCCUGCCAGUAGGAACCAUGUACGACUAUGAACGAGAAGUUUGCGAUCAUCCAGAACUUGUGACUUGCUGGACGGAAGAAAAUCGUUGUACAGGGCGUCAAAACGGGACUCUUAUUCCUGCUACAAAUUGCUCAAAUUUUAUAAUCUGCAUGAACGAGCUAGAAAAUGAAGAGGUCACUUGUGCACCCGCUGGUACACUGUUCGAUUACCAGAGAGAGGUGUGUGACCAUCCUGAGAAUGUACAGUGCUACGAAGGUGGUGCUUGUGCUGGUCGUCCUGACGGAUCUCUAGCACCUUCUCGAAACUGCAGCAACUUUUUCCGUUGCGAAAAUGAAGACAUCGCCGAGGAAAUCAACUGUCAGCCACAGGGUACAUAUUUCGACUGGCAGCGGGAGGUAUGUGACCAUCCGGAAAAUGUCGAAUGUGCAGAAUCGGGACCAUCCGGAAACAGUACCGUGGCACCACCGUUGCCAACAGACGAACCAACCCGUCCUCCAUUAGAUCCAAGUGUUCCAGUGGAUCUUUGCCGUGGCGUUACCGUUGGUAUGUUAGAACAUCCGACAGACUGUACGCGCUACGUUAUCUGUGUGUUGGGCCAACCUAAUGUACAGCAGUGUCCGGAAAAUUUCAUCUUUAUUGCGGAAACAGCAACCUGCGGUUUCGGUGAUCCAGUGACGUGUGUGCCUAACUCAGUUUGGAUUGAAGCAUACCUACGUGCCACUUCCUACGUUCGCUAA